AUGUGGGACAGGGGUGGGGGGGGGGUAUUUUUGGUGGUGGAGGUAAGUGAUUUAGUGUAUACAAAUGUUGUUGUGGGGGGAAAGGGUGGCUGGGGGGGGGGGGGGGGGGGGGGGGGGGGGGGGGGGGGGGGGGGGGGGGGGGGGGGGGGGGGGGGGGGGGGGGGGGGGGGGGGGGGGGGGGGGGGGGGGGGGGGGGGGGUGGGGGGGGGGGGGGGGGGGGGGGGGGGGGGGGGGGGGGGGGGGGGGGGGGGGGGGGGGGGGGGGGGGGGGGGGGGGGGUGGGGGGGGGGGGGGGGGGGGGGUGGGGGGGGGGGGGAGGGGGGGUGGGGGGGGGGGGGGGGGGGGGGGGGGGGGGGGGGGGGGUGGGGGGGGGGGGGGGGGGGGGGGGGGGGGGGGGGGGGGGGGGGGGGGGGGGGGGGGGGGGGGGGGGGGUGGGGGGGGGGGGUGGGGGGGGGGGGGGGGGGGGGGGGGGGGGGGGGGGGGGGGGGGGGGGGGGGGGGGGGGGGGGGGGGGGGGGGUGGGGGGGGGGGGGUGGGGGGGGGGGGGGGGGGGGGGGGGGGGGGGGGGGGGGGGGGGGUGGGGGGGGGGGGGGGGGGGGGGGGGGGGGGGGGGGGGGGGGGGGGGGGGGGGGGGGGGGGGGGGGGGGGGGGUGGGGGGGGGGGGGGGGGGGGGGGGGGGGGGGGGGGGGGGGGGUGGGGGGGGGGGGGGGGGGGGGGGGGGGGGGGGGGGGGGGGGGUGGGGGGGGGGGGGGGGGGGGGUGGGGGGGGGGGGGGGGGGGGGGGGUGGGGGGGGGGGGGGGGGGGGGGGGGGGGGUGGGGGGGGGGGGGGGGGGGGGGGGGGGGGGGGGGGGGGGGGGGGGGGUGGGGGGGGGGGGGGGGGUGGGGGGGGGGGGGGGGGUGGGGGGGGUGGGGGGGGGGGUGGGGGGGUGUGGGGGGAGUAG